UUUUGUUUUGACACAGUUUCCUCUCGGUCUGAAACAAUUGAUCUUCCGUCCGAAGAAGUUUGCAGUUUCCCACUGAAUUGUCUUGGUUGGUUUGUUUGCUUAGUUGAUUGAUAGAAAAGUUUUGAAUCAUAUAAUUUUGUGUGAUUUAGUUUCUGGGAUCACUUCUUACUGAUGUACUGGCAAUCUGCAGUUGUAGCAUGUUCCUGCUGGACCAUCCUGAGCGGUGUGGUUUCAGCGGAAAUCCAACAGCAAGCAUUCCGCAUCACUCCGAACGAUGUGGAAGCCCGCACCGGCGAGGAAGUGGUGCUCCGGUGCGAGGUGGAACACCUGGCCGGACGGGUCCAGUGGACUAAGGACGGAUUUGCGCUAGGAUUCGCCAAUGACAUCGUCGGCUACCCGCGGUUUUCACUAAAUCAAAACCACAGCGCGGGAGUUUAUAAUCUCAGAAUUACCAACACCUCACUGGACGACACUGCCAGCUACCAGUGCCAGGUUGGACCGGCGAAGCACAACCGCCCGAUCCGGGCUGCGGCGAAGUUAACCAUUCUCGGUUUAGGGAAGAGUCACCGAGGAUUGCAUCAUCGGAAUUGAAUAACUAGUUUUAUGGUCCGUCCGUGAAAGUCCAAAUGUGAGAUUGAGAUCGGAGUCAAAUUAUCGUGGUAGUAGUGCUUUUCUCGAGUAUUCGUUCUAUUGAAGCCGCAAUGCACGGAGAACGAGAGCCAACCGGAAAGUUCAGCAUUACUUACAUAUCAACCUAAUUGAAGAAGAAAUGAAAUACGCGUAUUCACUAUAAAAUUCAAUUAGAUAAAUAUUUUGCGUGAUCAAUAGUGUAACGAUGAAAAAUAAAUAAUUAUAUUAAA